UAAAAAAAAAAAGUUUAUCGUUAACUGUUCUUCAGCGAUCAGACACCUUUCCGGUGUAACGGGUACAGAAAUAAGUUUUGUACGGUAUUUAGAAUGUGCAACAAAUUGGAAAGUCUCUCCAAGCUGUCUGGAUUCAUAAAAAGUUAAUAUCUGACCUUUCUGGUAAAUGAAAGUUCCAUGCCUGCAAAAAAGCGCCCUUUACUUAUAAGUAAGUAUAUACGCAAACAGUUAGGUUACGUGAGUGAUUGUGCAUUACCACCACCACAGAGUGAUUUAAACAUGAUAGGGCGCUUUGAUUGUUUCGAUUAUGUCUCGAGUGCGCCAUAAGAGAUCACUUCACAUAUUUAAUGAGUAACUCAUUAAAAGAAUUUCUAACGCGAAGAUGUUUAAUAUGUUGCGGCGCUCAUUACGCGUUAUUGAGGCCACUUCUAUGGCUGCGAGAAUUUGAAGGGUUAUCGCAAAGAAUUAAAUUAGCUGCGAGACAAACGCACUUGCAGCCAAUAUGGGUAAUGGUGUAGCCUAAAGUCUAAAUAUAAUAUAUGUUUUUUGUUUAUUGACAUAGUUUUUGGGUUCUCCGAAGCGCUUGCUUUUAGGAAGUGAACGUCAACAAGGUAACGGUAUAAAAGCCAACGCAAGGUCGGCGCAGUGAUGCAUUAACAGAAUGGCUACACGAAAAAUCACUACAGCAACACUAUACCUCGGCUUGAUAUGUGUUGCGCACGCAGCCGCUUUAGAGCCCACAUUGGUGGAUGCCACCACCACGAGCGCGCCUGAAAGUGCCAGUAUCAAUACGAGCACAACAACAACAUCGACAGUAACACCGCUCACUAUUGUAGACAACACAAUUAGAACCACCAACGAAACUCAGCUACAGAACGACGAGCCCAUGGCGCGCCAGACUGUUGAAGAGGGUCGCGCGGUCACACCGAUUGACACAAAAGAAUUAGAUGGACGUAGCGCCUACAUAAACAAUCAAUAUGUGGCUGAUGAGGCACCGCUCUCAUACAAUGAUACCUCGCCGCCGCUCUAUCAAUUUCUGCAGGAGCAAAUGGAGCAAAUACUUGCCUCGAGUUUGCCCGGUGAAUAUCGCUUGGAGAACAAUGCCGCCAAUAAAGAGAGUGGCGCCGUUGGCAAGGUGAUGACGACCAAUGGUUAUGGUGUGCCAGCGCUACAAAACACCGUCAGCAGUCCCGUAUUCGCUUAUGGCGGCAGCAAUUUUCAGGAGGAAGAUGAUGAUUUGGUGGGCGCCUAUAGUAAGGGAUCGAAUGAUAAGUACUAUCAAGGCACGGCGCCUACAAAGCCCAACACGCUGGAAUUGCCAAAACCGAUUAAAGUAAAUAACGUUAUAACGCGCCCAAAAUUGACGCACACAGCGACAACAACCAGUACCACCACAACAGAGACACCGAAAGCACCGAGCUUGGGUGGCUAUGGUGGCGGUCAGGUGUCAUUAUCAGCGGUUGCCGCAGCGCAACAGUACAAGCCACAAGUGUCCAACAAUAACAACAAUGGUUAUGGCGCACAGUCUAUGUCCAGCUACAAGCCACAAAUUAAAGAAGAGUAUUAUUCGCCCAGCCCGAGCAAGUACACUUACGUGCGUCAAAAUAGCACUGUGCAUAUGCGCAAGCGUCGCAUCACAUUCAAAACGGUGGCCUCGGCAUCACAGAUUAUCUCCACGCCGUUGGCAGAUUUGAUGUUCAAGUACUCGAUUGGUGUAGCGAAACCUUCGAUGGCAGCCGGUGGCAACUCUUUGUACGAGCAUGAUGAUCAGCCAGUACAUAAUUCCCCUUCAAGCGGUUAUAAUGACAAUCUGGAUCUGCCAAAGCAUACCUAUAGCGGUAAAAUAUCGUAUAGCAGUCACAGCAAGAAUUAAGUCGGUCCAACUUAGCGAUUUUCUUACAUAUAAAAUAUUAUUUAUUGCAUAAAGUAAAAAUUUGAAGACACUAUUAAACGAA